GUACUGCCCCCACUGGGCGGGGCAGUCGCACGCUUCCUUAUUUGGCUAGUCGGUGCGAGGGGGGUCGGGGUCACAUGUGUGCACAGCAGAAUUCUAGCGAUAGGAACAAAAACUCAGAAGUAAGAGCCGACGUCUGCCCAGGAGAGGAGAGCACACCGGGGCAGUGGGUCUGGGUGAGAAGACAAACAGUUGAGAAGGAGUGUGUAAGAAAGAAGAGAGGAGUGACAGCUGUUGGACGGAGGAAGAGACAGGAGCAGCUGAACAGAGAGGGAGGGAGAGGGAGGAGAAAGGAGAAAGAGAUAAGAGUGCGGCAAACAGGAGACAUUGAGAGGAAGCACAUGGUGUAGAAAUGCCCACCAACUUCACUGUGGUCCCAGUGAGGGACGGCGCCAGAAAGGCAAAAGAGGGUGACGAAGAUGAUGAUGUGGAUGACAACAAUGUGGUGAAAGAGGAAGGGGAAGGCGCCACAGGUGAUGGCGUCCCCAAGGAAAACAGUCCCUUUAUCAACAACACAGACAAUGACAAAACCAACAGCUACGAUGGCACCAACAUGGCCCUGUUUGAGGAGGAGAUGGACAGCAACCCCAUGGUGUCGUCUCUCCUCAAUAAACUGGCAAACUACACCAACCUCACCCAGGGGGCCCAGGAGCACGAGGAGGCCGAUGAUGACGAGGGACCCAAGAAGAAGGCUGUUAAGAGCCCUCAGAUGGGGACCUUCAUGGGCGUCUACCUCCCCUGCCUCCAGAAUAUUCUGGGGGUCAUCCUGUUUCUGCGUCUUACGUGGAUUGUCGGCACCGCCGGCAUCUUGGAGUCCCUUGCUAUUGUCUGCCUGUGCUGUUCUUGUACCAUGCUGACCGCUAUAUCCAUGAGUGCAAUCGCUACCAAUGGUGUUGUGCCAGCUGGAGGCUCCUACUACAUGAUUUCCAGGUCUCUGGGCCCAGAGUUUGGUGGAGCUGUCGGUCUCUGUUUCUACCUGGGCACAACCUUCGCUGGCUCCAUGUACAUCCUUGGUACUAUAGAGAUUCUGCUGACCUACAUUGUGCCUAAAGCAGCCAUCUUCGUGGCAGAGAAAAAAGAGGAUGAGGUGGAUGCCCUGCUGAAUAACAUGCGUGUUUACGGCUCGUGCUGCCUAGCGCUGAUGGCCGUGGUUGUCUUUGUCGGGGUGAAAUACGUCAACAAGCUUGCGUUGGUCUUCCUGGCCUGUGUCAUUCUCUCCAUCCUCGCCAUCUAUGCCGGAGUCAUCAAGUCCAUCUUUGAGCCUCCGGACUUCCCUGUUUGCAUGUUGGGGAAUCGCACCCUGCAGAACCACAACUUCGACCGUUGUCUGAAGACAGAAGUGAUAGACAACAUAACGGUCACCACCAAGCUGUGGAAGCUGUUCUGUGAGACAGACGGGCUCAACGCCACCUGCAACGAAUAUUUCAACAACAACAAUGUGACCGAGGUGCAGGGGAUCCCCGGGCUGACGAGCGGAGUCAUUUCAGAAAACAUGUGGUCAGUGUACGGCCCUCUGGGUAUGAUGGUGGAAGACAAGAAGAUGCCAUCUUUCGGGGGGAGUGACCCUGCCCAGGACAUCUACAUGCCCUACGUGGUCAAUGACAUCACCGCCUUUUUCACACUCCUGGUCGGCAUCUACUUCCCGUCUGUCACUGGUAUCAUGGCUGGUUCAAACCGGUCAGGUGACUUGCGGGACGCCCAGAAGUCCAUCCCAAUCGGGACCAUCCUGGCUAUCGCUACCACUUCCUUCAUCUACAUCAGCUGUGUUGUUCUAUUCGGCGCCUGCAUUGAGGGAGUUCUCCUUCGAGACAAAUUUGGUGACGCAGUGAAAGGGAACCUCGUCAUAGGCACACUAUCAUGGCCCUCGCCUUGGGUUAUUGUGAUUGGCUCCUUCUUCUCCUGCUGUGGGGCGGGGCUGCAGAGCUUGACCGGCGCACCUCGCUUGCUGCAGGCCAUCGCACGAGACGGCAUCGUGCCUUUCUUGCAGGUGUUCGGUCAUGGGAAAGCUAACGGGGAACCUACCUGGGCUCUGCUGCUGACUGCUGGGAUCUGUGAGAUCGGUAUCCUCAUCGCCUCCCUGGACGCCGUGGCUCCUAUCCUCUCUAUGUUCUUCCUCAUGUGCUACUUGUUUGUCAACCUGGCCUGUGCAGUUCAGACCCUGCUGCGGACACCUAACUGGAGACCACGCUUCAAAUACUACCACUGGGCUCUGUCCUUCCUGGGAAUGAGCUUGUGUCUCGCUCUCAUGUUCAUCUGCUCCUGGUAUUAUGCCAUCGUGGCCAUGGGCAUCGCUUCCUGCAUCUACAAAUACAUUGAAUACAGAGGGGCAGAGAAGGAGUGGGGAGACGGCAUCCGUGGCCUGUCUCUAAAUGCAGCACGCUACGCCCUCAUUCGCCUUGAGGAUGCCCCACCACACACUAAGAACUGGAGGCCUCAGUUGCUGGUGCUGCUGAACGUUGACUCGGACCAAGGAGUCAAACACCCUCGUCUGCUGUCCUUCACCACUCAGCUGAAGGCGGGGAAAGGCCUCACGAUAGUGGGGAAUGUUUUAGAGGGGACCUAUCUCACCAAAGACUCAGAGGCCAGGUGUGCUGAGCAGAACAUCAAGUCCGCCAUGUCAGCAGAGCGGACGAAGGGUUUCUGCCACGUCGUGGUGUCCUCAAACCUCCGAGACGGCAUGUCCCACCUCAUCCAGUCUGCAGGGCUGGGAGGCAUGAAGCACAACACAGUCCUAAUGGCCUGGCCCGGGACCUGGAGGCAGUCCAAUGACCCGCAGUCGUGGAAGAACUUCAUAGAGACGGUGCGGGAGACCACAGCGGCCCAUCAGGCCCUGCUCGUGGCUAAGAAUGUGGACAGUUUCCCCACCAACCAGGACCGUCUGGGGGAGGGCACCAUCGACGUGUGGUGGGUGGUGCACGAUGGAGGCAUGCUGAUGCUGCUGCCCUUCCUGCUGCGACAGCACAAGGUGUGGAGGAAGUGUAAGAUGCGCAUCUUCACCGUGGCCCAGAUGGACGACAACAGCAUCCAAAUGAAGAAGGAUCUCCAGAUGUUCCUUUACCACCUGCGACUCGAUGCAGAGGUGGAAGUAGUGGAGAUGCAUGAUAACGACAUCUCGGCCUUCACCUAUGAGAAGACGCUGGUGAUGGAGCAGAGGUCUCAGAUGCUGAAACAGAUGCAUCUUUCCAGGACUGAGAGGGAGAGAGAGGCCCAGCUCAUCCAUGACAGAAACACAGCGUCUCACGCCACGAUAAACGACAAGGCCGACACCGGGCCCGAUCGGGUCCACAUGACUUGGACCAAGGACAAGCUCUUCUCGGAGCGUAAUCGCAACCGAGAGUGCAACGCCAACGUGGCUGUGCGCGACCUGUUCAACAUGAAGCCAGAGUGGGAGAGUCUGAACCAGUCAAAUGUCCGUCGGAUGCACACAGCUGUCAAGCUGAAUGAAGUGGUGGUCAACAAGUCGCAGGGAGCUCACCUGGUGCUGCUCAACAUGCCCGGACCACCGAGGAACAGAGGCGGAGAUGAAAACUACAUGGAGUUCCUGGAGGUUCUCCUCGAGGGUCUGAACCGGGUCCUCCUGGUGCGAGGCGGCGGCCGUGAAGUCAUCACCAUCUACUCUUAAAUAAAAAAAAAACUCUUAACGCCCCACCCUGCAUACAUGGGCUGUUCCCAUGGAUACCGGUCACCGGGCAUUUUCGGGGGGAAGAAGCCUAAUCUGGUUUUUGUGAAGGGCGGGGGUUGUUGGAAGGCGGGACCACUUGUGAUUGACAGAUGGUUUGAAGGACCUCAGGACGAAGGAAACGGCGUUGAAUCAGUCGACUGGCCGAGAGAGCAAGCACAGUGUGCGUCCACGCCGGGCCACUGCACCCCUGCACGUGGAAGAUAGAGCAUAGAGACACUUUAUAUUGUUCAUUUAAGUCUGAAAACGUCGUUAUGUUCUGUUACAUUUUCAUAUUCUUUCCCUCUUGUGUUGAUGUUGUCGAGUUACUGGCGCUCACUGUGUAAAGAUAAGCAAAGAAUGUGUGCUGUCGAUAUGAACCUCGUAGUCUUUCAUGUUGCACUCUGGGUGCAGAGACGUUUGCUGGACCUGAGACAAGGACAAGUUACAGAGUGGCUUUGAAAGCUGACAACAACAAAUACUGGACUUUCAAUAUUAGAUACAGUUUGGUGAUCUGUGCGGUCUGCGUCACCAUUCGUGAUAAUGUUUUCGUUUAAGAUCACUUUAAAGAAGCUGCUUUCAGUCUGAGAGAGCAAGCAGCGUGUUUAGAAGCUUUCUGAUUAGGUUGUAGAGUCGUUACCGUUGCAGAACAAGGGUCACGUGUGUAACUGAAGGU